AUGAGUUGUGGUGGUGGUGGAUUUUACAGCAAUGGACGCAGCAGUCCUCAUUUUGGCGGUUCCUAUGGCCCAGGUGGGGAAGGAGGGAGAGGAUUUAUUCAGAGGGGUGCAGGAGGACGUGCUCGCUAUAAUAAUGCUGUCGGUGGAUUUGGAGGAGGUGGAGGAGCGCAUGGACGCGGAGGAGGAUCAGGAGGAGGAGAGGGAUAUUCUGGUGGAGCAUCAGGAAAUAAUAAUGGUCAAUCUUGUGGUGGAGGAGGUGGUUCUUACAACUCAGGAAAGAAGCAAGCAAACGUAGAAGACGUGAAUGAAAACGGAGAUGGUUAUGUCGAAAUAAAACGUGUUGUCUAA